CGUGUUCGUUCGCUGUCUUAUCUCGCAACGACCUCGUUCUGUACCACAGUACAGCUUUCACGAUAAACCGAAUCACCUCCACUUCAGGACACAUCAAGAUCUUUCAAUGGCAACCAUCGACGCCGAGGACCUCAAACAAAGAAUUGGGCGCUUUCGAGUUCUGAUCAUGGGGAGAGCAAACGCAGGCAAAACGACCAUUCUUCAGAAGGUCUGCAACACCACGGAUCAACCAGAAAUUUACGAUGCCAAAGGAAACAAGAUCGAUGCUGACAUCGUCAAAUCAUCUAUCAAGCGUGGAGAUCACAACAUCACGAACGAGAUGAUAUUCAAGAGCAAUCCCAUUUUUGUAUUUCACGACUCCUGCGGUUUCGAAGCGGGCUCUGAAGACGAAUUUGAGAAUAUGAAGAAAUUCAUCUCAGAACGCGCACAUGCGACAGAAUUGCAGGAACGAAUCCAUGCCAUAUGGUAUUGUAUUCCAAUGGACGACCCGUGUCGAACCUUCCAGCGGUCAGAAGAGAAGUUCUUCUUGGAGUGCGAUACUGGGCGCGUUCCCGUGGUAACGAUAUUUACGAAGUUUGAAGCUCUGCGUCCAUUCGCUUAUGGAGAAAUCAAGAACGAAUUAAAAGGGGUAUCGAGUGAAGAACGCUCAAAGAGGAUUUCCGAACGCGUCGAGGAACUGUUCACCAAGACAGGUGUCUACGAUCGGCUGUGCAACCCUGAGAACCGUGCCCGCCCCAAGUCCUAUGUACGCUUGCAGAAUAUGAACAAACAUAAUACAAACUGCGACGCUCUACUGGAAAGCACCACUCUUGCAUUGGAUGAUGAAGAACUGCGGUUGUGCUUGAAUACUCCUGGAUCGUGCGCAUCAGCUAUUCGGGCUACUUCGAUUCGAUUAUGGAGUCUAUCAAUACGACAUUGCUAAGUGGUUUCCACAUCUCAAACUGGUAAGAUUGUGGUUUACGAACCUCGAACAGGAUGGACAGCGCUGAUUCCUUGUUGCUACUCGCCUGUUGACAGUGGGUAAGUGCC